AUGCCAACCGACAACGAUCACCAUGAACCGGAAACUCCGGCAACCCAACGGUUGACAAAUGAUGAUUUCAGAAAACUUCUGAUGACCCCACGAGCUCCACCAGGGUCGGGACAUGCCAUAGGAUCUGUUCGCGAUGCCAUGUCCAAGGCCUCAUCUACUGCAGCCACGGGGUCAUCUUCAACAUCGAGCUCUACGUCAUCUUCCAUGAAACCACCAUCUUCGGAAAGACAUGAAGCUCGACGUAAAAAGAAAAACUUUUAUGCCCAGCUCAAAAAACAAGAAGACAAUAAACUAGCCGAACUUGCGGAGAAAUAUCGAGAUCGUGCCAGAGAACGUCGUGAUGGUGCGAACCCCGAUUAUCAAAAUCUAGACUCCUCCAGUUCCACAAGCGCGUACCGAGCAGUAGCACCGGAUGUUAAAUCUGGUAUGGACGCGGCUGAAAGAAGGCGCCAACAAAUUCAAGAAUCUAAGUUCUUGGGUGGUGAUAUGGAACAUACUCACUUGGUAAAAGGUCUCGAUUACGCAUUGCUACAAAAGGUACGAAGUGAAAUCAUUGCAAAAGAACACGAACAAGAGGAUGAGAUGGAAAAGUUAAUUGACAUCGAGCCCAAUGCUGAUGUAGCAACAGCAGCAGUUAAAUCAACAACAGCUCAACGUGCGACGGGACUCAACAACGUGGAAAAGAAUGCCAACGAUGAUUUGGAGUUCCGUACUGUACUGGGUCAAAAUAUAUUUCGCAUUUUAGAUAAACAACGAUCGCGAAAUAUUGAAAGAAACGAAAUGUUUGCCCCUGGUCGCAUGGCUUAUCAUAUCGAAUUGGAAGAUGAAAAUGUGGAUUCGGACAUCCCGACUACCGUGAUUCGAUCUAAAGCCGAAAUACCAUUAGAUGUUGGGGAUACUCAAACACUAACUACGAACGACAUCGUUAUCAACAAAUUGGCCCAAAUUUUGUCGUACUUACGACAGGGAGGAAGAGGAAAGAAAAAUAAACGACGCGAUAAAGACAAACCUCUUUUCAAGCUUAGUGACGAUCCUGGAAUCAAGGGUAUGGCGGACGACUCAAUUUACGGUGAUAUUGGGGAGUACCAGCCGAAUCGCCGCUACGAGGAUGUAGCUGGAUCGUCAAAACUGGAAGGAAACUCAGGAAGACAUAGUUAUUUCGAAAAAUACAACGACAACACGGGAGCAGACCGGGAUGCUGCGAUAAUUCCGCCUGUUCCGGCGCCACCAAAGCUAUCGGCACAUUUAAUAACUAAAUUAACGGCAGAACCGGAAGGGUACGCUGAAUGUUAUCCUGGAUUGCAAGAAAUGAAUGAUGCAAUAGACGACUCUGAUGAUGAGGUCGAUUACACCAAGAUGGAUCUUGGAAACAAAAAGGGUCCAAUUGGUCGUUGGGAUUUCGACACACAGGAAGAAUAUUCCGAUUAUAUGAGCAGCAAAGAGGCGCUACCAAAAGCUGCUUUUCAAUAUGGAGUAAAAAUGCAAGAUGGUCGAAAAACUCGAAAACAUAAAACGGAAAAAAAUGAAAAAGCAGAACUGGAUCGAGAAUGGCAACAGAUUCAGAAUAUCAUCCAGAAAAGGAAGGCUAAAUCCGGUGGAGAUGAUGAUGUGGAUUUCAAAAAAUCAAAGCAUUAAUAUUUAUAAAGGCUAGAAAUAAGUUUGUAGUAUGUAUAUUGUUUUAAGUAUAACAUGAAUAAAAAUCGCUAACGAACUUUUUAAGCCUUAU